AUGGACUUCCAGCAACAGAGGCCAAAAUUCAAGAAGUUUCCUCCUUCUUUGUCAGUGUUGAAGGCGAAAUGGUUAUUGCAGAUACACAAGAUCAUGUCAGUUUCAAAGGACGGCAUCAUUUCUACUAUCUAUGGUAUUCCUGGAGUGUCUGGAUACAAUACAGAAAGUGACGCUUCAAAAACACUCUUCAACCUAAAGAUGUUCACUACACCAAUGAUGGUGACUUGUAUGUAUUUGAUUCGAAAAAUAACCUCAUCAAUUGGAAGAGUGUAUCGCUUGAAACUUGGAGAUGAAAAUGCUUUGAUUGAGUUUGUUUUUAAAAGCGAUUCGGCGUUACUCCACUCUGUUCGUUUUGCAACUGAUGGAUUGUCCUUCUACUUUGUAGAUCAAACAGAAAGGUUCAUAAUGAAGGCAGUUCCAUUUUGUCCUGAAGGUUUCAGAAUUUCAUUCAAGAAUCAUGUGUGCACCAAUUCAACAGCAGCUGAGGAAGAGGAAUCCUAUGGAUAUAUUCUUCCAUUAACUGGAAUGAUUGCAUCAUCAACCACUAUCCUGGUUGCUGUUCUAUUGGCCUUGUGGUAUCACAUGAAAAAGAAUUCUUCCUCACAGGCAAGAGAAAUCAGAGAGCAACUAUCCUAUGAUUUUUUAAGUGAGGAUGAAGAAGAAUUGCAAAAUGCAUUUCCAGGUCAACAUGUUGCAUCUCAUCAACAAGAGGAAGAUCAACAACAGCAUAAUCUCAUUCAAAUGGAUCCAUAA